AAUAAUUACUUAUGUCGGCGAAAUUUGUCAACCAAGUAUUCGUGGAGUGUUAACGUCAUGUGCAGGUGUUGCCGUUAUGAUAGGAAUUUCUCUAGUUUAUUUACUUGGAAGCAUAACAACGUGGCGUCUGACAGCCUUAAUUUGCUCGACUGUACCUAUUUGUACUGCAGUUGCAAUUUGUUUUGUCCCUGAAACGCCAUUUUGGCUUCUCGCAAAAAAUAGAAAAGAGGAAGCACUAAAAAGUUUAAUGUGGCUGAGAGGUUGGGUAAAAAAUUCAAAACAUGUAGAGUCUGAGUUUAAUGAAAUUGUAAGAUAUAGUCAAGAAAGCAAUAGAUGUGUUUCAUGCCAUAAAAAUGAUUCAAAAUGUACUCAUCCGCCGGCAACAGCGAGCGAAUUAUUGAAAGAGCUUAAACGAAAAAGAACUUUAAAGCCCCUUUUUCUUGUUAUCAUGAUGUUUGCAUUUGCACAAUUUAGCGGAUUAGCAUCAAUGCGACCAUACUUUAUUCAAAUAUUUCAAGCAUAUUCAAUUCCAUAUGAUGCGUCAUGGGCUACAGUGGUUAUAGGUAUCAUGGGAUUUUUCGCAAACAUUGUGUGUGUCUGUUUGGUUAAACCCUUAGGAAAGAGAAAAAUUGCACUAAUUUCUAUGACUGGCGCUUGUAUAAGUAUAAUUUCUCUUGCAAUUUAUUCAUAUAUUGUGCUGCCAAGUGGACUUACAUCUUUUGAAAAGCAUAUAGAUCAAGCUGAAAUCAACAAUUACUUAGGAUACAUUCCAUUGACAUUCAUUUAUCUUUUGGCAUUUUUUACGAGUUUGGGUGUCCUUCCUGUUCCAUGGAUGAUACUGUCUGAAGUUUUUCCAUUUAAAUCUCGUGGACUUGCCAGUGGAAUAACAGCUGCAAUAAAUUACACAAUGGCAUUUUUCACAACCAAAACUUAUUUUAAUAUGGAAUCGACAUUAUCACUUUUUGGCGUAAUUGCUUUAUAUGCUGUUGUAGAUGUUUUUGGACUUAUAUUCAUCUAUUUUUACUUACCUGAAACUGAAAAACGGACACUUGAAGAUAUUGAGCUUCAUUUCUCUGACAAUAACAAGAAACUUAAAGAUAUUAAAAUUCCAAAAAAUAAAACGGUAUGUUCCAAAACUCGUGCCAAUAAGGGCUGUGAAAAUAAUGCUUUUGAGGGAGAUAAUAAUAAAUACUAAAACUUCACAUUUCUGUUGUAAAAACUUUUACAUUUUUAUUAUUUUUACUAUGUUUUUAAUGAUUUUGAAUAUUUUUAUUAAGCUUUCCAGCAUGAUUGAGAAUCUAAUUAGUCACAAUUGUUUUGUUUUGAACUUUUACAUAC